CACUCUCACACACACACUCACACACUCACUCUCCAACACACACACACACAGACACACUCACUCUCCCACACACACACACACACACACACACACACACACUCACUCUCACACUCACACACACACACACACACUCACUCUCACACACACACACUCACGCUCCCAUACACACACACACACUACACAUCCUUCACUUACCUCCUGUCUCCUGCAUCCUUCAGUUGUUUCCUCAACAACACAGAUGACGAUAAACCGCAUCAUAAUUGAACUCCGCCCACAGCCUCGUUUCCUUGUGCUCUUCCUCUCUGUGAAUGGUUGGUUGCGUCAUCGGGGCGGUCUGCCAGGUGGGGGCGGGGCUGUCAGUUCAAACACCCCACGCGGCUGCGGGCAGAUCAAAAAGUGAACGGAGCUCCUCGCGCCGUGUUUGCCUUUGUUGUGUCCGACACCAACAUGUGGGCGCGUGCUGUUCUGUGCGCGGCGCUGCUGUCCGUCAUCUGUCCGAGCGGAAGUACGGAGGCCGAGAGGGACGUUCAGGACACCCGCUCCAACACCAACAGACUGCUCGGUGCUCUGCAUGAAGUGCUGCAGAAGCUGCAGACAAACAGGAUUCAUCCGUGGGAGAAGAAAUAUGGACAAGUCCCGUCUUGUGACCUGGGCGAGCACUGCGCUGUCAGAAAAGGAUCUCGCAUUGGCAGGAUGUGCGACUGCCCUCCAGGAGCUUCCUGUCACUUCUUGCUGCUCAAGUGUUUAUGAGACGCUGUCGUUUCACACCGUCGCGUAUCAUCCAACACAUUUGAUGAUGUCAUGAUGUCAAAAACCCAGACUCUGCGCUGAACUGAAGCCGCUUUCCAGCUCCUUAAACCGGUGCUGUGGCUCAGUGUCACCAGCAGGUGGCAGUGCCGACCACAGCAAAGCAAAUUCACUGCAUUUUCCAAACCUGGUAAAAAUGUGUUUAUGGUUCAAAACUAAAAUAAAACGAUGCAUAAAAUGGUUUCAUUUAUUCAUCAAACAUCUUUUGGAUGUGACGAUGUUUUCCAGGUAAAAACACUCUUGUCACUGAUACUGUGUGAUUUAUAAAUGUCAUUAAAACAUUAAGGUCAAAGAUGAACAAA